AUGGAAAUUAACGUUGUCAACAUCGAUGAGGUUGUCCUCCAAGAUUUGUGCACGCCGAGAUCCUCCUCGGGUGGAUGGAAAAUUCGUAAAGUUCCACAAUGUUUACGAGAUGAGAACAAGGACCAUCUUUACGAUCCAAAGAUUGUUUCUUUUGGGCCUUAUCAUCAUGGAAACCCAAAGUUUCAAAUUACGGAAGAAUACAAAUAUAAAGUGAUGCAACACUUGAUUCCAGGGCACAAUGACGUGGUUAAUAAUUACAAUAGUUUUCUUGUUAGCAUCAAGGAAAUCAGAGACUGUUACGUUGAAGGUUCUACGGACCGUUAUAGUGAUGCUGAGUUAGCUCGAAUGAUGCUCCUCGAUGCGUGUUUACUUUUGAGCUAUAUGCUGGAUUUCACAUUAGCUUUUGGUGCACUUGACAGAGUAACAAUACUUGCAAUUGUAAAUGAUAUACUAUUACUCGAGAACCAAAUUCCACUCUGGAUUCUCAAAAGGGAAGUAUAUGUGCCUGGUUACAAUUCUGGACGACCUAAUUCAUUAGCAACAGACCAAUUCCCGUCAACCUGCUUCCAAAUGUAUUUCCGAUGCGCCAGAGUUUCCAAAAAUCAAAGAGAAGUUGAUGGUAUCAACUCGUUUCGGUCGGUUAGAGACCUCAAAUCAAAAGGCAUUUUGUGUAAGCCAAGUAGCCUAAAAACUCUCACAGGAAUCAAAUUCAAAUCUCACUACUUGUUUGCGCAGCUCGAGCUUCCACCUUUACGUAUCGAUAUCAUCUCCAUGGUAACGUAUGCGAACAUGAUAGCUUAUGAGAUGAGCAUUGACACAUCGGCAAUGGCAAUUGACUUUCAGAUAACAAAUUAUGUCAACUUUAUGAAAUCGCUCGUAAUAAGCGCUGAGGAUGUCAAAGAAUUACGAGAGCAAGGAAUACUCUUCAAUGGUUUAGGAACAGAUAAGGAAGUCGUCAAAGUGUUGCAAGAGAUUCCCGCUGGUCCUUUAAUUUCCUUUGGUAGCUUUUUGGAUGUCAAACGGGAAAUUCAACAUCAUACUAGCAGCAAAAAGGGAAUAUUUUUGGCAGAGUUGUUUUCGACUCAUUUUAGUAGUCCAUGGUCAAUUAUGGCUUUGCUUGUAGUAAUUGUACUACUUGGCUUAACUCUUGUCUAA